AUGCGAGACUGUGAUUACUCUGCCGCUUCCCCCUCUUUGUCUUCCGCGUCGCCGCGACCAACCACAAUGGAGGUGGUCGUGCAGACACCCUUCAUUGCCGUCGAGGGGCUAGGCGCCGACGUAGCCGCUGCCGCCAGCGACGGUGCGCGGCAAUGUCCGGUACGGCCACAACGUCACUCCGACGGGCCUGAGUCGCCUUGUCUCGCUUACACAGACGCAUGCCUCGCAGCGAGGCUGGCUGACGUGAUUGCCGAGGAGCUCUUACAAGGGCACGCUCUACUGCGGCACGGAGUGGUGGGUGGUCCCAGGACUUACAACGCCUCGGCAAAGAGGACCACGGCGGCGGCCGCCGAGAACAGUGAGGUGCUGACCUUCACAAUGGGGCCGCAGGGCACGGCCAACUCCUCUUUUCUUUUUGGCGGCACGCUGGGGUGGCCAUUGAGGCAGCGAGCGCUGCCAGCGACGGUGCCGUUGUCAUCCCAGCCUUUCAGCGGACUGUUCGCAGGCGUGUUGGACCGUCUCUUCAGGCCGACCAACACGCCUGCUGACACACAAGUUGUAGCAGCCAUGAGUGUGACGGAGGUACGCGACGCGGCCCCGCUCCGCCAUCCCUCUGUGCUACAACGACCGCGAUCGACGGUGGAUCUGCUCUCUGGAGCCGUGCUGCGGACCGAGCUUGACGAGGUGGAGGGACUAGGUGACUCUGUCGAUCACCCGUCCGACAUACCCGCGGCCUGCUAUGUGCGUGUGGAGUCUACCCAUGACGCCAUGGCGGUGCUCUACGCGGCUCUCUCGUGCUCGGUCGGCUGGCGGUACACUGACCCGCUGGCAGGCGAGAUGGGGAACCCGGAGGCGAAUGCGUCGCCCCCAUCGCGAACCUCCUUCGCAUUCUUGCAGCCGGCCUGCGAGCCGCUAGAAGAGAGGAUGUGCCACGUGUGUGUGACCCUCAUCGUGUCCUGUGAGCCUCUCAGGUCGCUGCAGCGCCAGGAAGUGCCGCAAAGCCAGGCGUGGACGACGCCACCUGCGGCGGACAAUUUUAAUGGCGAGGCUGGCCACAGGCGUGGUUCAUUUGGUCCUGUAGCACUGCCUUCGGCGGCGUCAGCAGUACUAGCGCCAGUUGGAAUCUGGAAGCUGUGGGACGUGGCCGGUCCCAGCGUGUCCUGCGGCUACCGUCCACUCACGGCCUCCUCUCCAAAGAGUGAGGUAGACAAGUCUACCGUGAACCACUCAACGACAGUCCCGGUAGCAGGAAGGCCUGCCCCCUCCGCCCAGCUGCCUACGCCGCUACUGCCGUGGAGCAGUCGAUAUAGCCUCGCUGCCCUCACGCACACCUGUCUCGCCGAGGUGGGCUCUACCCUGAGCUCCUCGGCUUUGUCUUUGUCUACAGGGACUGUUGACGCCUUGAUUCCUGCCCUGCGCCAUGACACCAGCGCUGCCCUUCAGAUCGUGUCGAGUGCAGUAUCAUCGUGUUCCCUGGUCGUGCCAAUCUGCUCCGUGGUAGCGGAGGCAGCGGUAGAUGACGUCAACAGCGAGGUGCUAGUUGCUGCGGCUGGUUGGGCCGCGCUCGGACGCAAGCAUCAGCGCGAAAAGCAGCGCCAAUGUCACCAGGGGCGGCACCGCGUGCGCGGCCUUGAUAACGCGGAUGCAGCGAGGCGAGUGCUUCAAGGGUACACUGUGCUGUUGAGGGAUUUUGUGGCCGAACGCUAUGGCGCUGCCGAUGACGGCGGCCCUGCUUCGUCGUCUUUUGCUAAAGUGCAAUCACCGUUGGCGUCGUUGAUAGCUUCGCAGGUGUCGAUGAAGAACGAUCAGAAAGGGGGCAGUGCGAGGCAGGGGGCUGCACGCGCUUCAGGAGUUCCUCUGAGGCAAGCGUCGCCGCCCACCAGCCCAACAAUUGACAGCUCUCCUGCACCAGAGGCCAGCGAACACGACGUCGCACUGCGCGCCGGUGCCGCUCCGGCGAGACGUGUCGCUACGAACACUGUGGCUGUCGGCGGCAAUACAGCGGCGACAGUGCCGCUCAGCAUCAAUGUCACCGCGGACGCGGAAGUGCUUACCAGCUUUAGCCUUCGAUCAGGAAUGGAAGCAGGGGUGCGAUCUACGACGCCUGUGGAUGUCCCACAAAACGUUCUCAAUCCGGGCCAUGGUGAUGCGCUUGCUGUGGGGGCGGUGGGGAAUACAGGCGGGGCAGCGCUUUCCACAGCCUGCUCUGCGACUUCGCCAGCCAGCGUGGCUGCCACGUGCGCCUCGGCUGCGGCAUACGCCGAGGAGGCUAAGCUACGGCGCUUUCACGCUCUCUUUGAGUCCGAGUCUUUCGACAUGGGAGAUGAAGCGGACGUAACGGCUCCCAUGGAGGGUGUGAGGCAGCAUGGAGAGGCCUCGAGCUGUGGCACCGGAGGCGUUGUGGUACCUCAUGGACAUCACAGAGAACAGACGCCCCUACCGCAGCACACACCACGGGCGAAGAAGUCUGACUCACCACCUUCUGUGUUUCAAACCGGCCGACGUCCAGAUCUCGAGGCACAUACGCGUGCGCCAAGCUCGCUCAAAGGACUGCGAGCGUCGCUGCUAUCAGCACCACUACGCAUCAGCGUCGAGUCUGCGCUACACGAGUCGAUGGCAGACGUCGACACCACCGCCUCCUCUCUGUGCCCUCCCCAAGAACUCCUCUACGACGUAACUAUUGCCCCUCAAGGGGAAAGGCCGUCUGGGGCGGAGAUGGGAGCUGCUGCGACCUGUGACGUUGCGCUUGAUGCCUGUGCUAAACCAACAAACAAGCCAGCACCUCCCUUACCGUCUCCGGACGCAGCCCUAGCUACCUUUCUUGGGCCUUACUGUGACGAGUUUGUUCGGCUGUGCGACCAAAUGUGCGCCGACGUACGCGCAUGGCGCGUGCAUGAAGCCGCAACGCUUGAUCAGCUGUCUGCUUUAGCAGCGCGUCACGCAGACGAUAUAGGCGAGGUGGCUGCACUCCAGCGGCGUCUAGCCGCUCCUUCUAGUGUCGUGCAUGCUGGGCCAGGACCUAAAGGAGCUUCGACGUGGCUCAGUGCACGAGGGGGUGGAGCCGAUGUUGGUGCUUUUCUGUGUGAUGCACUCACUGACGGUUACCCUGACCUUGCCGUGUCUCGCAGUGCUGCCGUUGCGUCUACCAGUACCCUCAUCUUUGAGCAGCUCGUGAAAUCGGAGGAGAAGGUGGCAUGGCUGGAGCGUCAGUUGGUGGAUUGGCGCCGCCGCGCGAAUGAGGCGUUCGUACGCAACACGAGCAACGCCAACGCGGAUGCCGAGCCCCUCACUGGAAACGAAGGGGACCGUGAGUCGACACUGGGACUCUCUUCCUUGCCCCCUGCAGUGGCGACAAAGGACUCCGCGACGGUCGGGGGUGUCUUGUCUGGGUUAGGAGACGACCCGACAGCCCCGCAUGUGCGUAAGGCCAAGGCGAUUCUGCAGCGCCUUCUCCAGCGAUGCACUCGAGCCUAUGCAGCAGCGCAGGAGCAAGGAGAUCGUUGGCACAGACAGUUAGUGCAGGAGCAGGCGACCAAAGCCGUGCUACAGGACCGUGUGAUGGAACUGGAGGCCGAGCUGGCUGGGCUGCGCCACCAGCGCAGCGGUACGGCCGCUUCGCCGCAUUUUCACCGCUCCUCUGCACCGUCGAGCAAUCCGGUCUCGAGUGGUGUGUACACGAAUGCGGCAUCUUUUCCACCCACCGACUCGCCACCUGGCCGCUUCACUGCAUCGCCUCCUCCCGUCGCUGUGUCAGAUACCCGCUCUCCCAAUUGUACGCUGAAUGCCGCGCCGGUGAGCCCCAUUGCCAGCGACACCGCCUCUUCGUUUCCAUCGUCAUCGGUAUCCCGCGGCUUACAACGCCGGUGUGACAGUGUAGCCGGCUCCGCAACACUGUGGGAUUGCCUAAGCGCAGAGCGACUAGCGGCGCGUGGAGCAAAGAGUGCGGGUGACUGCACAGGCGCCGGCUACGGUGGCGUUGUCUCGCCUCAGCUGGCGGUACUUCUGUCCCGCGCCGUGCUGGGCAGGGACACUAUUGACCCAUCUGCCACAGUUGAUCGCCACAUCGGUACUGCGGCCGCACCAUCACACUCGGCGGUGGCGCCAGCGCCUUUGUUCGACAUUCAUGUUGGGGCGUUGAGUACCGUCUCGAGCGGAGGCGCUGAUUCCCCCUCCCGCCGUGCUGCGCCAGGCCCUUCCUCUUCGAUGCCUCUCUCCUUUGCAGGUGGCGCUGCGAAGGCGACGGCGCGUGUCAGAAGUCCAGCCAGCAACGUAGAGAGCCGCGAAAUCCGGCAACGUCAACCGCCACCAUCGCGAUGGCAGGAUGCGUGUCGUGUAAAGCUGGCAGCAACGCCGCCUUCGAGAACGCGAGGCAGUGUACACAGAAUCCUUGAAGGCACGCGUGAUGCUGGAGCACUGCAUCAUCACGUCAGCGCGGGAACGGAGAAAAUCGGCGGCGGAGCACUGUUGUGUGCUGCGUCGCACCCGCCGCUAUUGCAGUGUCAUGUUGUCAGCGAUGACGAGCUUGAGGUAUACCCCAGCGCAGCGCUGGGGGCUCUGGAGCAGGCCGCCACGCAGCUUGAGGCGGAGGCUGUGCGCCUGUACAGCGCUGCUCACAACACAUCUGAUACCGCGCCAGGUAGCCAAUUCCACGUAACAGCAACUGAGUGUAGACAACUUGGUGGAGGAGAUGAGGUCACUGUUCGCAAAGGCGACGACACCAGAGCAGUGCACCCCUACUCGCUCUCUCCUCUCUACCAGUCGAUGGAGCAACUGCGAUCUGCUACGCAGGCCGUGCAGCGCGAGGUUCGGGACGCUGCCGAACGUGAGAGGGCGUACCUCUCUACGAUACUCUUCUCUACCGACGCUGGUGCGGAGUGA